AUGGAGGGAACCCAGGUGCAGAGUGCUGAUGAAGUCUCGUGGCUGACCCUGCGCGCUGCAAAUGGGCUACAAAUCCCUUAUAUUGGCUAUGUCACGGUCAACUGCCUGGGCAACCAUCCAGGGCUGGCAGCGUUCAAGACCACUGUAACGUCAGCGGAAGGGAAGGCGUGGGGCAAAGCGUUCACUAUAUGCCAGCGAGUGGAAUGUAGCGGACCUAGGCCCAGAGUGGAGGGGGUAGCAAAACUCUCCAGACAGCCACCUGUCAUCAUUCCGCCCCACACAGAGAUGGUCCUGUGGCUGCAGUGGCGCAUUGGGCGGACCCUGGCCAUAUUGAAGAAGGGGAAAGUACCCUGCAGGCUCUGCAACCCAAAUCCCUACCCCGUUGAAGUGCCCCAGCGACAACCCCUGGCAAAGGUGACUGAGGUGGAUUCAACAGAUGUUCAGGAAGAACAGCAACUGGUCUUGAACAGUGUGGGACCUGACGUUAUAGAGGUGGCAGUAAGGAGGAUAACUGGGGAUAGGGACUCUGACGAUGAUUCACACCCUGCAAUGUCAUUACAGGGCGAUGGCCUGAUGGGAGAGCAGCAACAGAAAAUGUCUAGCCUACUACGAAAGUGGAAGCACGUGUUCUCUCGUCACGACGAGGAUUUCGGACGUACCGGAAUCGUCAAACAUCAGAUUCCGACUGGCAUAGCCCCGCCGAGUCAAGUGGGAGGGGGGCAGACUCAAUCCCUCCAAGUCACUGCAGAGGAAGAGGCAUCAUGGGAGACUAGGCAGAGUGCUGACCCAGAUCUGCUGCGCAUUAAACGGGCCAAGGACCAGAGGCAGGACCGUCUUGAGGAGGAGGCGCCUGAAGUGGGAUCGGGCAGUCCAGAGCACCACCCCCAGCAGCCCCUUUCGAAUUGCUGGCUGCCCAGAGUGACUGUUACCGGAACUAUACAGCCCUUCGAGCCACCCAGAGACAUUCAGCAUCCCACGCAGCCCGACGCAUCCCGACACCUCACCCACCUGCGCGGAUUUGGACAGCGGGCCCGGACCGGAGGAUGUUUAUUUGACAACGCCCUGCUGUGUUAA